AUGCUAGCAUUAAGACAAUCUUCCCUAAGGGUCAUGAGACCAGCCAGCAGAAUGCUAUCUACCUCGAGGAUAAUGUUCCAAUCCAAUAAGCCAGUCACUGGUACAGCUCACAAUCUAGCUGAAGUUAACGGUGCAAAUUCUCUUAUUGGUGAAGGUGCCAAAGAAGGUACCGUUCCAACCGAUAUAGAUCAAGCCACCGGUCUAGAAAGACUGGAAUUGUUAGGUAAGUUGGAAGGUGUCGAUGUCUUUGACAGUAAGCCAUUGGAUUCCUCAAGAAAGGGUACUAUGCAAGAUCCAAUCUUGGUAGAGUCCUAUGAUGAUUACAGAUAUGUUGGUUGUACAGGUUCUCCAGCUGGAUCUCAUACCACCAUGUGGUUGAAACCAACUGUGAAACAAGUCGCUAGAUGUUGGGAAUGUGGUUCUGUUUAUAAAAUUAACCCAGUUGGUGUAGAGGAUCCAGAAGGUGGUCACCAUCAUUAA